CUCUGGGUUGCUUCUGCCCCAUUUCCUCCUCCUCCUCUGGUGGGAAAAACCACCAGCUCUUCUCCAUCCAUUUCCCUCACUUAUGAGGGAGAAAUGUAGAUUCACCAUGAAGUCUUCAUAGCGAGGCUAAAUUUCUUCUUAACAAAUGAGGGAAAUGAAUGGCACAGAGUUCGUACUUUGCUGCUUGCUCAGCAGGAAAGGCACCCUCUCAGAAACUCAAAGUGAGGUGCUAAAACCCUCACUGUGGCCUGAAGAUGUUUAGUCUAUUUAAUUUUGACCCCUUACUACUGCCAAGUUGUGCACGCCUGAUUUAAACUGAAGUUCAGAAAAGGACAUUGCUGGCUAUUAAAUAAAUUUUUUUCUACUAUACAACAUUGUACAAAGACUCGAGGAAAUAUUUUUAUGGACAUCAUGUGUAUUCAUGUGUAUACAUCUAUUAUUUAAUCUAUUUCUUGUUUAAAAAAUCACUAGUAUAUUUAAUGCUUUUAAUUUUUGUUCUCAUUACUUGAUUCUACAGAUAAAAACUGGAAUUGCAUUGUUAUACGAUGAAAUAUCCGGAAAUGCCUAUGAAAUCCGACUGAAGCUUACAAAAGAGGUACUAACAAUUCAAAAACAAGAUGUCAUCUGUGUUAGUGGAAGUGAUCACAGUUCAAAUAACUGUUAAACUUCACAGACAACCAGUUGGUGGCUUGGGCUUAAGUAUAAAGGGUGGUGCUGAGCACAAAGUGCCUGUAGUUAUAUCAAAAAUAUUUAAAGACCAAGCAGCGGACCAAUCAGGAAUGUUAUUUAUAGGAGAUGCAGUAAUACAGGUUAAUGGUAUAAGCGUAGAAGGUGCUACCCAUGAAGAAGUGGUGCAUCUACUGCGAAAUGCUGGAGAUGAAGUUACCAUCACCGUUCAGUACCUCAGGGAAGCUCCAUCAUUUCUAAAGCUCCCAUUGGGUUCCCCUGGUCCAUCAAGUGAUCACAGCAGUGGUGCUUCCUCCCCUCUCUUUGACAGUGGUUUACAUUUAAAUGGAAAUUCAACAAAUACAGCUCCAUCAUCACCUUCUUCACCUAUAGCUAAUGAACCAAAAUAUGAGAAGCGCUGGCUGGACACCUUAUCUGUUCCUCUGUCGAUGGCUCGAAUAUCGAGGUACAAAGCUGGAACAAAUAAAUUAAGAUCUAAUGCAUUUGAAGUUCUGGCACUCGAUGGAGUUAGCACUGGGAUACUUCAGUAUUGUACAGCGCAGGAGAGUGCUGAUUGGCUGAGAGCAUUAUCAACUAACAUCAGUGAUUUGACACUACAAAAUAUGAAGAUGGCAAAUAAAUGCUGUUCUUCUUCAGACCAGGUGAUCCAUAUGGGGUGGGUGAAUGAAAGGCUCCAGGGAGCAGAUUCUCCGCAGCUCUAUAAAUGCAAGUUCCUGGCACUGAAGGGUUCGUCAUUCUACAUUUUCAGCACACCACCGGUAAGCACAUUAGACUGGGUACGGGCUGAAAAAAUCUAUAAUCUCUGUGAGGUUCUAUUUAAAGUCCACAAGCUCUGGCUUAAUGAUGAUUGCUGGCUACAAGCAAACUUAUAUUUAGGUAUCCAUCAAGACUAUGAACUUGAAGACCAGAGGCCAUAUUGUUUCAGUGUUGUGGUUGGACAUUGCAAGAGUCAUUAUUUCAACGUUGAGUUGGGAAGUGAGCUAGCCGUAUGGGAAAAAUCCUUUCAAAAAGCAAUUUUUUUAGAUGUACAGAGAACAGGGUCCAAAACCUAUACAUGUAGCUGGCAAGGAGAAAGCUUAUGUUUUACUUUAGACUUUGCUUUGGGAUUCACCUGCUUUGACAGCAAAACAAAGAAUGUCCUCUGGAGAUUCAAGUUUUCUCAACUGAAGGGGUCAUCAGAUGAUGGGAAAACGCGAGUUAAAUUGCUUUUCCAGAACACAGAAACAAAACAAAUUGAGACAAAGGAACUAGAAUUCCAGGAUUUGACAGCAGUUUUAAACUGCAUCCACUCCUUUAUAGCUGCUAAAGUUGCUUCAGUGGAUCCCUUAUUUAUAGAGGGCCAGAGCAUUGCAAGAAAAUAUACCUACAGUAAUUGAGAGAAUUGGUAGCUGAAGACUACAGCAUCAACACAACCAAAUUAUAUCACUGGAAUGCUUCUUUACUGCUUUGGCUGGAUUACAUUUCAUGGCAUGACACUAAAACUGUAAUAUCAGGUUGGGCCUUUACUAGGUAAGAUAAGCACAAUAAGUAGGAUGAAGCCAAAUAGCUCUCUAUACUACACUCCCUUUCAAAAUUAGUUGAGAACUUCAAUGUAUUUUGUGAACUAAAAUAAACAUCUUGCUCCUGAAAAUGAUAUAGAUUUUACAGGGAGGACUGUAAAGUCUACACUUUCUACAGCAUCCAGAAGAGCCAACUGGGUUAGUAGUUGCUUUUUAUUUCUUUUUAAACUUUGUGCUCCCACUGCUCAGUAAUAUAGAACCUUUCCACACUAACACAAAAAUGCAGGAUGAACUGGCAUUUUUAAUGCUGGUUUGGUAGCACAUCUUGGUCACAUGUUGGUACCUAACAUCCUUACUGUUGCAGGAGACUCUCAGAACCUGGACAGUGCUCAAUGAUGAUGUGACAGAGCUUUGGAGAGCAGCCCCCCUCACUCUCCAAAGUACUGUCGCAUCAUCGCAGUGGGCAAUCCAGGAUAUGGAGAACCAUCUUUAACAGUAAUUAAAUGUUUGCUUCAUUUUGGUGUGACGGGGUGACUGGGAGGGAAUUGUGCUCCCUGGACUGUGUGAUGGCUGUGGGAACACCACCUAGGAUUAUGGAUGGUAAUCCCAGACAGCAGUCUCCACUGCCUUGGCACCCACAGAAAUUCAGAUCUUCAUAAAAGAUUCAGAUCCUUACAGGUGCUUUUUGAACCCGAGUGUAAACUGGAUUAAAUGUUUAUCCCAGGUUUACCCACAUUAACCUGGGUGCAUCAUCUGGACACCCCAGGCCAAUAUGAGAUCUACACUGCGCUAUAUAACAGUGUACAUGAGGUGAUGAGGCCAUAGUGAAAGAGACAGCACAUACACCACCUUUUUGCUGCAGUACUUAGUGUCCAUUACAUCGCUUGAAAUAUUCAUCUAAUUUUUGAAAAAGCUUGGAAAUGCUUGCUAAAACAUGCCAAAAUAAAUAAGGAAUCACACAGUAUCUACAGAACCCUGAUGAAAUAAUUAAGAGUAAAUAAAAGAACACAUUAUUUCAAAUUGUUUUUCUUCUCGAUCUUACCUGGAGAUUUAGGCUGAGACUGAGAGCUUCAAUAAGAUGAGGAAGCUGUCAAUUGCUCAGAAGGGAGUUGUUGUUUUUAUCAUGCAAGAAGCUCAUGAUAGAAACUUGGAUAAGGGAUAUAAACCUUGCAUAUAUAAUUCAGAUUGCUUGUAGAAGUUCCUCCUCAUCAAAAAGUAGAAACUAUUUGCUUCACUACAGCACAUCUAGCUCAAAAGUACACAGAGCUGUGUGAAGAACUGCAAAAGCAGUUUUCUUCCUCUGAGGGCCUUAGAGAUCAGGAAUGAGCAGCUAGAACUUUCCUAAUGUUUUUGGACUUUAUCAUUGCCUAUGGGAUUUACAGGCCCAAAACAUUGGGUUGACCACUAUUAGAAAUUCCUGCUUUAGAUCUUUGUUCAACAACCUCCUUUUAUCCUUUCACAUAAGUUAGACUUGCACCAUUCCAAAUCCCAUUUUCAGUCACCACAGGGGUUAAGUUAUGCAAUGAUCAAAGACCCCUUCAAAAUCUGUGUAAGCAGGGUAGUCAUAUGAUCAAUUCAGUGUUGUCAGAAAUCAGAGAGAUGAGUGAGCUAUUCCUGCAGAUUGACAUAUUGCAAGGACCUCUUCAGUAGAUUUGUGCCAAAGACCACUACUGGUGGAACAGAAAAUACUCUAACCUUGUGCAUCUCUAUUUUUUCCCAGAGGGUAUCUUUCUGAGUGGAAGAGCCUCCUUUGUCUGCGGAGACUCUCCAUACGAAAAUCCACAUGUGGAAGGUGGUGAAUACAAAUGACAGGUGAUGGCCAUGCUUCCCCAUCAUUUGUUUUAUUUACUCCAAGAAUAAAAAAGGCCCUUAUCUUCAGAUAUAGUAUUUUACCACUAGAUGGUCCUUUCGCCUUUACUGCAUGUUUUAACUAUCCAAAGCAAUGCAUUCUAAAAGACUUUCCUAUUUCUGGCUCCCUUAAAGGAAUAUCUGGAUUUUCUAAAGAGGUUUAUUGUAAUGAGCAUCAAUUAUGGUUUUUUCAGUACCUACAAAAAUCUUGUAACAUUUUGUUUACUAUUAAAGACAUUUUGUACAUUGAAAGAAAAUAAAAAGGCUGAAAUGUUUUUGCACAAAACAUCUGUCUAUACUCAAUGUUCCCCCCCCCCCCAAAAAAAGCAUUAUAUGUUUACAGUUUCUAUUUUUGUGGAUUUUGUAAUGAAUUAUUUUUCUCCACAGUAUUUAUAUGUGAACAUGAAAUUUAUUGAAAAAUAUAGACUUAAAAGAUUUGGAAUUCGAACAAUCAUCAGGGGAUAGGGAGUGGGUUUUCUUCAGAAUGCUACUAAUAGGUAGCUCUACAUCUCUUUUAUUUCAUAUUCUGGGGAUGCUGUGAAAAUUCUGGAUCUGUGAUGGACUGGACAAAGGUAAACAAACUGGAAUUAAAUCCAAAGAAAACAGAAGCCUGCCAGACUAGGAAACAGGCUAUUAUCUUGACCUGCAUGGGGUUGCACUCCCCUUGAAAGAUCAGAUUUGCAGCCUAAAAGAUCAUCUGCCCCUAAAUAUUAGACCUACACACGUUAGCUUUUGCCUGACUUUAGCUUCUGCACCAGCUCUGUCUGCUGCUGUUGUUUGAAGAAUUUGCCAUAAUUCCAUAUGCAUUAAUGAACUUUAAGUAGAACCACUGCUGUCUGUUCUACAUGCGCCCUUGAAAAUUAUAUGGGCCCAGAAACAUCAGCUAAGUGCAGAAUAGUGCUGCUAGAAUGCAGACAAGAUCAACCACACACAAGAAUGUCCAACUCUUUUUACUUUGAUGGUACCUGAAUAUUCUAUUUCUCCUUCACCGGCCCUUUUUAUUUCAUGUUUCCCUCCCUCCUUGGAUCUUCUCCUCCCCAGUGUUCAUGUGUCACAUUCGGUAUCAAGCAGCAUUACUCCUUUUCUGCUCUGCUAGUGUGGUUAUGCUAUUGAAUAAGAUUGUGCCCUAAAAUUAUCAACUUAUGUUUUCUCUAAAAUAAAUCAUACUGAUUAAUUUAGAAAAUUAGUUUUACAUAUACUAUAUAUUGACCUGAUACUAAUUGCAGCAAGUAAAGGAAGUUUCAAACAACGGGAAAUUGUUUUUUUUAAUCCAAAUUGCUAUGCAGACAUUUAUUUGGUGCCCACAUUCAACAGAAAACCUUUUUUAGAAAACAGUUGCUUCAGAACAAGAGCAGGUAGAAACAGAAGCAUAGACGCUUGGGGUAAGAAAGGUAAGAAACUCCUGUAUAUUGUACUUUGAGUUUAUGUUGAGAUGUCUCCAAUAAACCAUUUCUGGUUGAUUUGUCAA